UCUCUCUCCCUACAGUUGCCGUGUCUUGUGUUGUUUUUACUUCUUUUCUUUCUUUCUUUCCUACUCGAAGAGGGAAACCGAAAUACAGACUAUAAAAAUAAAAAUCCCCAAAUUAUUUUUCUAAUGGAGUUGCCAGCCAUGGAUUGGGUUCGAGGAGACGUUCUUGGUCAUGGCAGUUUCGGGAGUGUAAGUCUGGCCGUACCCAGAAAUAAUUUCUCUCAAAUUCCUUCCUUAAUGGCCGUAAAAACUAGUCAAGAUUCUUGUUCUACCAGUUUGAAGAACGAGAAGGAAGUACUUAAUGAAUUGGGUAGUUGUCCACAGAUUGUGAGGUGUUUUGGUGAUGAUUGUAGUGUUGAAAACGGUGAGAGAUUUUAUAAUCUCUUCUUGGAGUAUGCGUCUCGAGGGAGUUUGGCUGAUCGGGUGAAGAAAAAUAAGGGGAAAUUGCAAGAAUCAGAUGUUCGGAGGUACACAAGAUCAUUGCUCAAAGGUCUUAGACAUAUUCACGCAAAAGGGUUCGUUCACUGUGAUAUAAAGCUCCAAAACGUCUUGGUUUUUGACAAGGAUGAGGCAAAGAUCGCUGAUUUCGGUUUGGCGAAGAAAUCAGGGACAGAAAACCAACCAGACAGGUUUGAGUGCAGAGGUACGCCUCUGUAUAUGUCACCGGAAGCAGUAAACGACAACGAGUAUGAGUCACCGGGAGAUAUAUGGGCUCUUGGCUGCGCUGUUGUGGAGAUGAUGACAGGCAAACCAGCUUGGAAUCUCAAGGAUGGAGCCAAUGUGUUUGGUUUGUUAAUCAGAAUUGGAGUUGGAGAUGAGUUGCCUAUAAUUCCAGGAGAAUUGUCCGAUGAAGGCAAAGAUUUUCUGAUCAAAUGUUUUGUUAAGGAUCCUAAACAGAGGUGGACUGCUGAUAUGCUUUUGAAUCAUCCAUUUGUUUCUGCGGAUGGUUCUUUUGAUGAUCAUGAUGAUGAGAUCCUUACAUUGAAGGAGGAAGAAAUUAAACAAUCACCAAGAAGUCCUUUUAAUUUUCCAGAAUGGUUUUCAGUUCAAUCAUCAGUAACAACAUCAGGGGAAUCUUCAAGGUUGGUUUCACUUGUGUCAUCUCGAAAUUGCUUCUUGGAUCGAAUUAGGCAACUGGCCGGUGAUGACAGACCCAAUUGGUCAGAUUCAGAGAGUUGGGUCACUGCGAGACAAAAGUGAAGGACACGAUGCAGGCAACUUGGAGAUUUCUUGUAAUUGAUGCAAAUUUUGUUUUUCUAUUUCGACUGUAAAUUACUAGGAGAGACGCUGAGACUGACUUAGAUAAUAGAUGGGUCCUGAUUGGCCACUCAGGUGGCUGAGUGUACAUAGAAGAUUUUUUAAAUGAAUUAAAUUCCUUUCCAAGAAGGAAAUUAUCUCA